UUAUGUCUUGAAUCUUGAUCUCAGUUGUUCCUUCCUGUCAUGACAAGCACCUUGAAGAAAUCGAAUGCUCGGGCAGGGCUUCUACUCCUCUGACCGUUAUUGUGUUGAAUGAUACUGUGUAUCAAUCCAUACUGUGUUAGCUGCAAAGACGGUGGUGUGCUCCAUACUACAUUGUAACAGUUUAUACAUUCACACUGGUGAUGUCUGGUCCACAGGUGGUUCUGGUCACUGGCUCCACGCGUGGCCUGGGGUUAGCCAUAGUGCAGGCGUUGUGCCAGGGCUUUAAAGGGGAUGUGUAUCUGAGUGCCCGGGACGUCCCGAGGGGGACCAUGGUUGUCGAGGAUCUGCAGAGGGAGGGACUCAAGCCCAGACUCCUCCAGCUGGACAUCACAGACCCGGUCAGCAUCCAGGCGGCCCGGCAGCAUUUCAUGAAGGAGUACGGGGGUCUGGAUGUGCUGAUCAACAACGCAGGCAUCGCCCCAAAACGAGGUGACCCUGCAUCCUUUGGCAGCCAAGCAGAACGCAUUCUCCAAACCAACUUCUUCGCCACCAGAGACAUGUGCAAUGAAUUUCUCCCUCUCCUGAAGAAAGAUGGGAGGAUAGUGAAUGUUGCCAGCAUCGUGGGCUAUAUCACCCUCUAUAUGUGUUCUCCGGACCUCCAGGCCAGGCUCUGCAGUGAUGACAUCACAGAGGAGGAGCUAGUGGCUCUGAUGAAGCGCUUUGUUGCCGAGGCCAAAGCUGGAGACCACAUCAACAAGGGCUGGCCAAAUUCCGUCUAUGGGGUGUCCAAAAUAGGCCUGAUGGCCCUUACCCGGAUCCACGCCCGCAGGCUAAGAAGAGAGAUGCCCCAGAGAGGGAUUCUGAUAAACUCCUGCUGCCCGGGCUGGGUGAAGUCUGACAUGACCUAUCCCAAUGGGACCAAGACGCCUGCGGAGGGGGCUGACACACCUGUGUACCUGGCGCUGUUGCCUCCAGCAACACUGGAGCCCCAGGGGGAGUUUGUAGUGGAUAGACAGGUACAGGUAUGGGCGGGGUCACCAACAGAUGCAACAAUUGAUGAGGGACCCUGACUUAGGACCCUUUCAUCUGCUGCUAUAAUAUAUACAAGUAACUGCCAAAAUAAAGGAAACAGCAACAUAAAAUGUCUUAGUAGGAUGUAGGCCUAGGGUGAGUCAGAACAGCUUCAAUGCACCUUGGCAUAGAUUCUACAAGUGUCUGGAACUAUAUCGGAGGUGUGCGACACCAUUCUUCCUCGAGAAAUUCCAUUAUUUUGUGCUUUGUUGAAGGUGAUGGAAAACGCUCUCAGGCGCCACUCCAGAAUCUCCCAUAAGUGUUCAAUUGGGUUGAGAUCUGGUGACUGAGAUGGCAAAUGGUUUACAUCGUUUUCAUACUCAUCAAACCAUUAAGUGACCACUCCUGCCUUGUGGAUGGGGGCAGUGGCGUAGGCACGGGUGGGCGC